AUGCGUGUGCGCGCGCGUCGCCAUCUGCUUCGCGCAGCUCUCUGCUCCGUCGGCUCCCGCUCGCACUCCCCCCUCUCAUCCCCCGUCGUCCAUUCUUUCGCCGAGCCUCUAAGCCGCCGCCGCCAGCCAUGCCUGGCCACACGGGCCUCUUCCGCUGCGCAAGCGGGCGCCGGCGAUCAGGUCGGCGCAACUCCGCUGCCGGAGGGGGCUGCCACCAAAGGUCCUGCCGAGCCUGAUUCGUUUAGUUCGGAGCCAUCGUGUUCGGGUGGGAAGCGGCGUUGGUGGGAAUGGCAGGCGUGGCGCGGGCGUGAGUCGCUGGGCGAGCGCGUGAUGAGCGGCAUCGUCAACAGCAGCUCCGCACCCAUCGGGUCGUUCAUCAUGGAGCCUGUCACCGCGGCUGUGGCUGCUGCUGCCAGCGCGGGCGGGCCUCGACCUGCGCCCCGCCCUCUGUGCCUUUCUCGUCGCCCUCACGCUGCUCGCCCUGCCCACCUCCAUUGCCCGGGUGAGCGCACACCCACCACAACCCCACCAUGCAUGCGUGAGUGA